AAAAGACUCUCCCCGGCAUCUUCUGCUAGUCUGCUACAGCUCGAGAGGAGAGUGGCCAAGUGGGAGAUGUCCCUCCGCUCUCCACCAUGGCAAACCCUAGAAGGACCAGCCUCCAGCUCCACCAGCAAAACCCCACCCUCCCUUUCUCCGACCUUCCGCCGUCGCCGUCGCCGCCCUGCUCCUCCGUCCUAUCCGCCGUCGCCGUCUUCCUGAAGCGGCCGCAGGCCUUCCCCAUCCUCCUCUCCGUCUUCGUCCUCCUCACCUGGCUCUCCCUCCGUCUCCAAAGCCCCGGCGCCGCCGCCGUCCGCCUUCGCUCCCCUACCUCUCCCUCCCAGGCCCAGGGGCAGGGGGCCGAUAUCGAUGCCAAUCUGGUGAGGUUCAGUGCCGUGGAGUUCCCUUCUCAGAUCGCCAAGGACUGGAGGGGGUGGCUUCUCAACCCCGUCGUCGCGGCCCGGGAGGCCGGGAUCCAUGGGGGUGCAUUAGAUUGUGCUUUGGUGCAUGUGGGACAGAUCCGACCUGGUGGUAUGAGGGGCAACCACCGGCAUAACAGCUGCAAUGAGACCUUUAUAAUUUGGGGAGCUGAGACUGUGUUUCGACUGGAAAAUGCUCACGUAAAAGAUAAGGGCUAUGCAGAAGUUAGUAUUGGGGUUGAUGAGGUUGCCGUUGCUGCGAGUCCCAGUGGAACUGCUCAUGCUCUUAUUAACGUAGACCGUGUGCAGUCUACCUUUAUCUUGGGCUGUCAGGACUGUUUGAUCAACAACACCUCGACUACUGAUUAUAAUGUUUGGAAAGAUCUUUGAUGGAGCAUUGACAUUGUGAAGUAUGAGAUACCACAAACAGGACCUCAAUUGGAAGGGCUGAAUUGAAGGAAUUGUUCUCUCCAAGCAUGUGAUUGCUUAUACCAUCUUCUUGUGGUGGUCAAUGCAUUUGAUGGGAACAUGGUUUUUUCCAUCUCUUGCACAUAACUGAAAUAUCACCAUGAUGGUCUCCAGGUCAUCAUUACAUGUACAGUUGUAGAGCUACUUAGAGGUUCCAUUAAUAGUUUUGUGAUCUUUUAUACUUGAUUUAUGUAACAAGACCCUGGUGUUGAAAACAGUCACCACACCUGCGUGCAGUUGUCUCUAUUUACUUCUACAAGGAAAACAGUUUUUUCCUUGCGUGAAUUAACCUUAUCAAGAUGGCAUUCAUUGUA